AGUUUUCAAACAUUACCUGAAAAUUUCUAACUUCACUAACCCCAGUUGAACCUUCUACAAGUUUCAGCUUCAAUGUAGCAGAAAACGGUUGUUGCACUCCUAGAAAUCUAAGACCUGCUUUUGGGAGAAUCUAGAAACUAAAAAGUUGUGACCUUGACAUGGAAGAAGAAGGAGACGUGGCAGACAAGAAAAAGACAAAGAACGAGGUGGUUCUACGAAUUUCAGACACUGAAGAAGCCAUUAAAGCAAAGGAGCAAAGGGUUUCCAGAAGCUUCCCAGUAGCUGAAAAAUGUUCCCUUUCUCCUCACCAUAAUAUCCAGAUAGGUAAAGGGUUUAGAGAUUCUCAUGGUGAAAUCACAGAGCACAAUGGUCAAGUAUCCUCAGAGUUGGUGACAACUACAAAGAGGUUGAUGGGUCGGUCGGAGUUUUCAAAACCAAAGUCCAGAAUGGUGGAACCGGCGUGUCCAAAAGAUGCAAACUUUGUCGAAGAAAAGGCUAAAAAGACAAGUUCACCUGCAAGGAAUUCUCUUAACAAGAAUGUUCCUGACGCAACUGUUGUCACCCCAAGAAGCCCUUUCCUUGGGAUACCAGGGGAAGAAGAAGAUGAUGACGAAGAAGUGUACAAGACUGCAAAUGUUGAAGUGAGCAAGAGAUCUGGUAAGAAGUGCAGAGUUGUAGAGUUGUUUGCUUUUUCUUGCAUCGUGGGGUAUUUAAUUGCAUGCUUGACUGUGAAUAAGUUGCAAAAAAGGUUUAUUUGGGGAUUGGAACUGUGGAAAUGGUGUGUAUUGGUUUUGGUUGUCCUCUGUGGUAGACUGGUCACAGAGUGGCUUAUCAAUGUUUUGGUUUUCUUGAUUGAGAGGAACUUUUUGUUUAAGAAGAAGGUUUUGUAUUUUGUUUAUGGUGUCAAGAAGAGUGUUCAGGGCUUUAUAUGGCUAAGUUUGGUUCUUCUGACAUGGGGACUGCUUUUCAACCAUGGAGUGAAGAGAACCAGAAAGGUUACUAAGAUUCUUGGUUACAUUACUAGGGCCCUUGCUUCUUGUCUUCUUGGAGCAGCUAUAUGGUUGGUCAAAACAUUGUUGAUAAAGCUUUUAGCUUCGAAAUUUCAAUCUACUAGAUUUUUUGACAGGGUGCAAGAAUCAAUCUUUCAUCAAUACAUUCUCAAGACUCUUUCAGGUCCUCCCUUGAGGGAGGUGGCUGAAAAUGUAGGUUGGACUUCAAAUCUUGGUCAACUCAGUUUUAAGACCAUGAAUAGUGAGAAAGAAGGGGAGAAAGAACAAGUCAUUGAUGUAGACAAGCUCAAGAAAAUGAAACCAGAGAAAGUUUCUGCUUGGACAAUGAAAGGUUUGAUUAAUGUGAUAAAGAGUUCUGGGUUGUCUACCAUCUCCUAUGCACCGGAUGAAGAUGAGAAUGACCAGAAAGAUAAUGAAAUUAAUAGCGAGUGGGAAGCAAAGGCAGCUGCAUACAGAAUUUUUCGGAACGUAGCCAAGCCAGGACACAAUUAUAUUGAGAAGGAUGACCUCUUGCGAUUCAUGAAAAAUGAAGAAGUGGAAAAUGUGCUUCCACUAUUUGAAGGGGCAGUUGAGACUAGAAGAAUUAAGAGGAAGUCUCUCAAGAACUGGCUGGUAAAAGUCUACUUUGAACGCCGAUCGCUCGUACAUUCACUAAAUGAUACCAACACAGCUGUUGAUGACUUGAAUAUGCUUGUUUCUUUCGUCCUGCUUAUUGUGAUCCUUAUUGCGUGGCUUCUUAUAAUGGGAUUCUUAACUACUGAAGUUCUUGUCUUUAUUUCAUCCCAGCUUUUACUUGUGGUUUUCAUGUUUGGCAACACAGCUAAGACUGUGUUUGAAGCCAUUAUAUUUGUUUUUGUGAUGCACCCUUUUGAUGUUGGUGAUCGCUGUGUUAUUGAUGGAGUUCAGAUGGUUGUGGAAGAGAUGAACAUACUAACCACCGUCUUUCUGAGAUAUGACAAUGAAAAGAUUUCCUAUCCAAAUUCAGUUCUGGCAACCAAGCCAAUCAGUAACUUCUACAGGAGUCCAGAAAUGAGUGAUUCUGUUGAAUUUGCUGUUGAUUUUUCUACCUCUGUUGAAAGUAUUGGAGCUUUGAAGGCAAAGUUAAAAGUAUAUUUGGAGAGUAGACCUCGGCAUUGGCGUCCCAACCACAAUGUAGUGGUUAAGGAUAUUGAGAAUGUGAAUAAGAUGAAAAUGGCUGUGUAUGUUACUCACACCAUCAAUUUUCAGAACUAUGGGGAGAAGAACAGCAGAAGAUCCGAAUUAGUGCUGGAGUUAAAGAAAAUUCUUGAAGAUCUUAAUAUUAAAUAUCAUCUGCUCCCACAAGAAGUUCAUCUCAGUUAUGUAAGGUCACAAGACUCAACAGCACAGACAUUUUGAAGAUAUCUUGUACUUUCAUAGGGUGCAAGUGUGUAACACAUUUUUUUUCUUUUUGCUGUCAUAUUGGUUCUAAUCUAAUGCUUCUCUCCACGGUCUAUCUAGUUUGAGAUCAAAGAUGAGUGGCAAAUUUGAUGAUAAGUAGUGAAAUUGGUUUGUACACUGUAUUUCCUAAUGAAUUAGCUUAAGCCUCUUGGCUAAACUUAAUGUUAGUAGUUGUUUUUAAUAGUGUUGGUAGAAGUGUCUUAGAAAAAUGCAAAGGUCAAGAUUGUAGCAUGUACUAAAGUUAUUAAUUAUGGUUUAGAUAGUGAUUAUAUCGAAUGCAUGUAGCUGAAGGGUCGUGUUUAAAGGCUAAUAAAUUGAUGAUCUGAGUUAAUAUUGUAUGAUGA